AUCAUCCUCCAUGCCAUUGGUAUUUUUGUACCGUGAGCCGAGGUUCGCGGGGAACACAGCGACUCCAUCAACUUGGGCCGGUACGACAUUCUACAGAAAUUCACCCAGGUCCCAGAGGUCCUCUUCCAGUCCUGUGACACCCAACAUAUCUAAUAUCGACUCUGCCAGUACUCCUUUGGACACACACCUACAGAGGACUGUCCCUGCCACCAUGGCCGAGCAAGGCGACUACAUUGACCGCUUCAUCACUGCGCAUCGUGUACCCGAAGAUGGUCGCAAACAUUUUCAGUCAAUUGAAUGGACAAACAGUUUUCUUACCAACCCUAACUAUAGGGCCAUCCCGACUUUUGCUCGUGUCCUCAAAUCGAGUGGCGAGGACUACUUCUUCUCUCGCACCAUCAGCUCUCCCUCCACCAUCCCUUAUAUGAUCACGCUCCAAGCCGCAGACUUUCCUAAAAUCCCCAUCAGUCCCAAGGGCACAGUCAAAGGCAAAAGCGAUCCAAAGGAUGUCACACCAGUACCCAAGAUCCCUGACUGCGUAACCCUAAUGGCCUUGGGUCGCCCAGGUCUUGACGGGCAUCCGCAGGUGAUCCACGGUGGCAUGGCCUGCGCUAUCCUCGAUGAAACCAUGGGCUAUUGCAUCAUGCUCCACCAACAUCACUCAGGAGGUCGAGAUUCCUUAUACACAGUCAACCUCAACAUCAACUUUCGCAGACCCGUCCCCACUCCUGGCCAGGUCUUUGUCAGGUGCUGGGUGGUGGGAAGAGAAGGUCGCAAGUGGUUGUCUCGUGGGCAAAUAUGCGACAAGGACGGCCAAGUGCUUACCGAGGCUGAAGGCACCUGGGUUGUUGUCAAGGGAGAAGAAAAAUUAUAAUCUCAAAGAAGUGCGGCUAAGAGUGAAAACCCUAUACAUGGAGCGCGGCUUGGAACGAAUGGUCAACAGAAAUGUCCCAGUUCACAUCCACCAGUUGCCACGGGUCCAUACAGAAUCUUGGUAGCUUGGGCUCUGAGUACGUAUGCCAUACCAGAAGUGCGAAGGUCGAUACGCCCAAGUCUGUGCAUCGACUGCACAUACUUGAAGCUGGAUCCAGGUCCACAUUCGUCUUUGGGAAUUUACGAGGACACUCCAGGCUUUACGGAAUCUCGGUUACGGCACUCGAUGAAGUUGUCGAAUAGACCAGAACUUGGAGAACCCAAGCACUAAUCUACCGAGUAAGCGCGUUUCGGUUUUUUCAAGAGCCAACCCCUGGUGACCAUAAAGACCUUUGGAAUUACGUGAUUUCCAAAGCGUGAGAUAGAGUAUAAACUGGCGGCAAGAUCUUUUAGAUGAGUGCAGAGUACAUUCAAUAGAUAGAAG